AAGGCCAGUAUUUUGUAACAGAGCCUGUGUGAGUGAUUGAUUUUGUAAGCUCUUCAUUACAUGAGAGGUUGUGUCCAUCUUUAAGAACAGCUAUGAUAAAAGAAGUUUUGCUCUGCCUGUGCUUGACCCUGGCACCUGUUUGGACAGCCUCUGUACAGACAGACUCUGGGCCGGUGGUUGUUCUAAAGCAUGGCAGUAUCCGUGGCCAAUAUAUGAAAGUUAAAGGCUCUGAAAAAGUGGUGGAGCAGUAUUUGGGCAUUCCUUUUGCCCAGCCACCUGUUGGCCCUCUCCGCCUGUCUGCACCUAGUCCUGUACAGGGAUGGGAAGGCAUAAGAAACUCCACCCAGCACCCAUUCCUAUGCGUUCAAAACUUAGAUUGGCUGUCUAUGAUGUUAAAAUCAAUGAUGUUGGAUUUCACACCACCAGAAGUCUCAGAAGACUGUUUGUAUCUGAACGUUUACACUCCUUCUCAAAGAUCAGAAUCAGAUAAACUUCCAGUAAUGGUCUGGAUUCAUGGGGGAAGUCUGCUCAUGAGUGGUGCUUGCGCAUUUGACGGAUCCCCAUUAGUGGCCUAUGAGAACAUAGUUGUUGUUGUUAUUCAGUACAGACUUGGAAUAUUAGGAUACUUCAGCACUGGAGAUAGGAAUGCUCAAGGAAACUGGGGUUUCCUAGACCAGAUUGCUGCGUUACAGUGGGUGCAGCAAAACAUUGAGAGUUUUGGAGGAGACCCCCAGUCUGUCACCAUAGCUGGGGAGUCUGCAGGAGGAAUCAGUGCAUCUUUUCUGACAUUGUCACCAAUGACCAUGGGUCUGUUUCAGCGGGCCAUCUUUCAGAGUGGGGUAGCAAAUACACCCAGCCACUCCAUCAAAGACCCUCUGAUGUUUGCCAAGAUGGUAGCAAAUGUUACUGAAUGUGACUUCAGCUCUAAUGAAGUGCUGACCAAAUGCAUAAAAGAACUGACUGAGGAACAACUCAUCAAUGCAACUAAAAAGCAACACUUUCUCCCUGGAGCAACACUGGAUGGGGAAUUUAUUAAAGCUCAGCCAGAAGAUUUACUAAAGAGCAAAGCUUUUCGGAAAGUUCCAGUUCUUGUCGGAACAACAAACCAUGAAUUUGGAUGGAUCCUCCCUCAGGCUUUAUUUUCAAAAGACUGGGUAAAGGGGAUGGACAAAAAAGUAGUGAAACAAAUGUUGGACAUUUUUAACAAAGAUGGAACGUCAGGAGUCAAUGAAAUCAUAGCAGAAGAAUACCUAAAAACUGCUAAAACUCCAGAGGACGUUCGCAACGCAUUUACUGAGAUGCUGGGGGAUUUAUUUAUGGUGAUUCCCUCCAUUAGGGCUGCAUCUUACUACAGAGAUGCUGGACUCCCUGUGUAUAUGUAUGAGUUCCAGCACCGGCCAAGUAUAUACAAAGAUCUCAGACCCAGCUUUGUGAAAGCUGACCAUGGUGAUGAGCUUGUAUUUGUGUUUGGGGCCUGCUUUUGGGAUGGCCAUAUCAAAGUGGAAAUGUUCACUGAGGAAGAAAACCAGCUAUGCAGAACUAUCAUGGGAUACUGGGCUAACUUUAUUCGUACUGGCUCACCAAAUGGUCCCAAUCUGGUGAACUGGCCUGUGUACGACAAGUCUAAUAAAUACAUGAACCUGGGAUUGCAGCAAACUGAGGGACAGGGUCUGAAGAUGGACAAGCUGCGCUUUUUCACUGAAGAAUGACCUGAAAAGCUUUCAGCAAUCCGCAAAGCCUAAUUAGUUAUUUCACCAAUAAGCACAAUGCUUCUACUAUAAACAAAAGCAUAUUUAUACA